AUAUUUCUAAUCAUAACAACUUGUAAAAUAUGCUACUCGACGGUGUGUGAUUUAGCGCAAUAAAUGUAACGUGACGUCAUAUCCGUUGUUUUUGACGUAUCUACAAUAAGCAAGCCACCGGUUCGAGUGGACAGUAGGUGACGUCACUAGACCGAAAUGGAGCGGAAAAUGACGUCGCCAACAGAGUUUGAUGUUGUUCGCGUCAGCCCGCACGUGGAUCUCGUGCUUUUCGACAACAUCAUUAGCUGUUACCAGAGCGACCGUCCCAUCACUGCCAACUACGUCAUCGGCGAAGAAGUGAUUCGGUCCGGCUGGGACUGGGUGGGGGUAUUUCCCGUUGGGUGGAACUCCCUGGGCGACUACCUGGUGUACACGUGGGCCCAACCCCUGGGUCUGGACUGCACCGAGCCCCGCCGACGAACUGUGUUCAUUCCAGCACAGAUGCAUCAGAUCAGGUCCAAUCCACGUGACGUCUACAAACUUCUGUACGUUUCACGUGGCGGAAACGUGCUUGGCGCGAGUCACGCGUUCCACGUGUUUGACGAACAAGAAAUGCACGAGUACAACAUCGACAGAUUGUUUUUUAACACGUGUCAUGACCCGGCUGUAUCGAGCACACGUCAACUGCCUUUGUCAGGCGGGAAACGAAAAAGCAAGAAAGCUUAUAGCCCCGAAUCUGACUCAUACGAAUUGGUGAACGAGCUCACGUGUCCCGUGCCAUGCAAGCGUCGGAAAGAGAAGAUCCUGACGGUGUUCCGGGAUGAUGAGACGCUUGUAAACAUCCCCAGCUUCACUGAAUGGGCAGAGAAGCUUCGUUUCAUCAACUAUCAGUCAAUCGUCCAGGAGUACUGCAAUAACGUCACCACACCAAUACUGUCGUCUAGUCAUACGCCGCCAACGUCUUUGACGUCACCAUCUUCUUCACUCGCCGUGAUACCAUACCACUCUCGUGACGUAAUGCCAGUGUACAACAUCCGGUGGAGCACCCCUUCCGAAACUUCCUGCAGUCGGUUCACGCCGUCAAUUGAGUACCCGGAACUUCCUUCGCUGAUGGCCGGCCCUUCUUCAUUUCUGGACAGUAAAUUUGAUCUGAAAUGCAUUAACUGUCAGAUUGCGAGGACGCUUGUUCGGGAUCUGGUUGAAAAAGACGCUCUGCACACAGCCACAAUUGAGCGUUUGCAGGCGAAACUCCAAAGAUUGACGGCAGCAAAUCGGACCAAGCGUGAGCGACAACACCAAACCGUCAACUUGAUAGACUGGGCGUUGGAGCAAGUCCAAAACGAUAACCGGAAGUUGCGGGGCCAGAUCGACUUCCUCCAAGAACGUGUGUAUGAAUUGACCGCCGCUAGAGAGACUGAAAGUCCCGCCCUCAUGCCGGCGUCCCCAGUGGAACAAACAACGGACGAGGAGCCCGUGCACGGAACCUGGCUGCUACGGGAACCAAAACGGCUUGCCCGCUGGAAGCGUGUAGUGGUACGUCAGAGCCGCGCCGUCCAGACGUUACGGCAGUCUAACGUCACGUACCGUAAGCAGCUGCAGCAGCUUCACGCGGAAAAUGCGCGACUGAGGAGCCUGAUUUCUGCAACAUUCGAGACGAGUCACCGUUUCCGGGAGCUGUCCGAGCAGCUUAACCAGCAGUUUAGGUGUGUGCUUGCGGAAAGGAACAAGGGGCACGACAACGAAUGGCUCCUCCGUGCUCGUUCGAGCCAAGAAACGACCACGCAGACACAGAAAGUUUCUUUUGCCACAUCCGGUACCUUGACAGAUCCAUCAGCUACUGUGAGCGAUGGGGACGCUCCUAUCCCCACAACAAGCUCCACGUCGGCGACAACUGAACAGACUUCUGCUUGUUCUACUGGAACGACGGACGCAUCAGCAACUCCUAAAGACUUGCCCCGCUGUCACCACGUGAAGAACAAACAAAUCUCAAAGCUUCUGAAAAAGGAGCGGACGAAAGUUGACGUCUGCUUUUCCCGCAAGACUGAUCCCCGACAUGUUAAGGAGCACACAGUGGUCAACAAGAAUCGCUGCGAUAAGGGAACCAAACAAGAAUAGACCUUUGAAUGCUGCCAAUCCCGCGGACGCUUUAUCUCUAGCUUAUAACAAAUUUGGACCUCAUUUCACACAAGAUUUUUGGAAAAGCAGAUUUCUUUUGGGUAUGCAUGGCUUCGUAUUUCUUAAUUGUGGGCCAUUUGUAAACAUAAACUUUUAAUUUACAUAUAAAUUGUUAUCUUUAAGUUACAAUGUAAAAAUCCGCCCUUGGAGGUUUUAUAAAAUAGCAGCCCAUCUGCAUUGAUUGGUACUGUUAAUAACUCCCUUAUACAUAAAUAGCCACAAAAAGAGACAGCUUCCCUUUCCAUACCAUCCCGAUAUAUGCUAUUAAUGAUAUAUAUCCUAGUAAUACAAGUCGCUCUCUGUCGAUGAUUUAAAAUAUCACCCGUAUUUGUUUGCUCAACAAACCAUGCGAACUAAAUAAACGAACGAAAUUAAA